GAGAAUAGAGGGAGGAGUGGAGACCACAGACUCACAGGACAGCGGAGAGAGAGAGAGAGAGAGGAAGGGGGGUGGAAAGUGUCGUCCUCGUCCGUCUCAGUGCAUUGAAUUACUGGGAGUGGAGAGAGAUGAAACAGAGAAUUCAAUCUUUGCUUCGCCACUUUGAGAAACUCUGCUCUGUUCAUCUGAUUCUUUUGUCCUAGUUGCUUGAUCGGAGAUCGACCCAUCAGAUGGCAAAGUCUGGCGUGUUGGAAACUGGUCCAACCGCGGCGGCGGCGGCGAAGGCCACGGAGUUGAAGAAGGAGUUGCUGAGGGUGGUGAUGGAGAUCGUUGAAGACGACGAGUGUGGCAUUGGGAAGAUCGAUGAAGCGAGGGAGACAUUGCGUGCUUUGAAGGAUUUGAAGCUCAAAAGAACACCUUCUUUGAAGCUGGAAGAGUCCUUGGCGUUUCCUGAGGCAUUUCGUUGCCCUUUGUCUAAAGAGCUCAUGAGAGAUCCUGUAAUCUUAGCCACUGGACAGACCUAUGAUAGGCCCUGCAUUCAGAGAUGGCUAAAAUCAGGCAACCACACAUGCCCUCAUACCCAUCAAGUUCUGUCACACACAAUCCUUACUCCAAAUCACUUGAUUCGAGAAAUGAUAGCAGAAUGGUGCAAGAGCCAUGGAAUGAAAUUGCCAGAUCAUGUUCAGUUUGCGAGUGAUGGAGGGGGAACAGAGAUAGAGAGGGAUCAUUUUCUUUCUUUGCUCGGCAAAAUGUCUUCAUCACUUCCUGAAAAAAAAGAAGCUGCAAAGGAGCUACGGUUAUUGACAAAGAGGAUGCCCUCAUUUCGGGCACUAUUCAGCGAGUCUGUCAGCACCAUUCCUCAGUUACUCAGCCCACUUGCUCAAAGCAAGUCUGAAAGUCAAGUUCAUUAUGAUCUUCAAGAAGAUUUGGUCACAACACUCCUGAAUAUCUCAAUCCAUGACAACAACAAGAAACUUGUUGCUGAAACCCCUAUGGCAAUUCCUUCGCUGAUUGAUGCAUUAAAAUUUGGAACCAUUCAAACGAGAACCAAUGCAGCUGCAGCCUUCUUCACGUUAUCAGCUCUUGAUUCCAACAAGGAACUUAUUGGAAAAUCUGGUGCCCUGAAGCCUCUAAUUGACCUCCUGGAAGAGGGACAUCUGUUAGCUAUGAAAGAUGUUGCUGCUGCAAUUUUUAACCUAUGCAUCCUCCACGAGAACAAGGCGAGGGCAGUGAAGGGUGGAGCAGUGAGGGUAAUUUUGCAGAAGAUCAUGAGCAAUGUGCAGGUGGAUGAAUUACUGGCUAUCCUUGCUAUGCUUUCAGGUAAUCACAGAGCGGUUGAGGAAAUGGGGGAGCUGGGAGCUGUUCCUUGCUUGCUUGGCAUUGUCAGGGAGAGCACUUGCGGGCGCAACAAGGAGAACUGCAUCGCAAUUCUCUACACUGUCUGUUUCAAUGACCGAACAAGGUUGAAGGAAAUAAGGGAAGAGGAGAAGACCUAUGGAACAAUAUCUCAGCUUGGUCAGAAUGGGACUUCGAGGGCCAAGCGAAAGGCCAAUGCUAUUUUGGAGAGACUGAACAGGACUGUUAAUAUUACGCACACUGCGUGACUAAACUGCUUUCUGCAGCAAUUUUCACGCAGCACAUUGUAAAUUCUAACUUCUUCCGCAACUUUAGGAUGUUAACUUGAUUUGGGUAUGUUGUGAUUACUCUCGGUCACCAUUUUGUAAAUCCUAUUCAAUUCCUUCUCUAGAGUUCUCAAUCUGAGAUAUCCGAGUCAAGUUCAAGUGAAUAAAAUACAUCAAUGCUUCACUCGUAA